GCAAUGGUGGACAACAACGCAGAAUACAACAACAACAUUUUGACAACAAAGAAUGUAAGCGUCAAUGCAGCGAACUUCUACGACGAAUGGAAAGACGAAGACAACAUGCAGCAACAACAACAAUCAACGUCGCAAUUUGCCAACCAAUGGAGAACAACAUCAAGACAACAACUAAAUGGUGGACAGAUCCAACUAUGCCACAGAUGCCGACAACCUGGACACAUUAUUAGCGACUGCCCAGACAACAACAACAAAGCAUCAACCCCAAGACAACGCAACACGUGGACAAGAAGUGGAAGAUGGAACUGA